AAUUAUCACUUCAUUCUCGGAUUCAUAUACACAUUGCGUCCAUCUUCUGCCAUCAAUUUCUGAUCUCUUGGCCGAAAUUUUUCUAAGAACAAAGAUACAACUCAUAAGGAAAUGGUCAAUCCUUUAUCCGCCGGAAAAUUCCCUAUCUACCCGUUGCCCCAAAGUGGAAAAGACCGAUUCAAUCGCUUAGUAUUCUCGGAAACAUCUCCGUUUACUAUUUUAACAUCUCCGUUUCGUAUGUAAGCUUCUGGCUUCCCUUCCGUAAGAAGGAGAUCGUAAGCAAUCCUCCAUGAAUCCCGAUGAGUUCACGCACGAGACCAACGAGGGUCGGCUCUCCGACCGCGAACUCACACUCGGCUCCCGCCAUGGCCAACACACUCUUCUCCUCUCCCAGGCCCUAGCCAACUCCUCUGAAGGCGCCGGGGAUUUUGAUCACGUUGACGAUAUCCCCAUCUCUACGUCCCUCGUCAACGUCAUUCGCCGCGCGCAGUCUUUACAGAGGUCUCGUGGAGACUCCCACCUCACCGUAGACCAGCUCUUCCUCGGCCUCCUGGAGGAUUUUCAGAUCAAGGAUCUCCUCAAGGAUGCCGGCAUCAGCGACGCCCGUGUCCGCGCCGAGGUCGAGAAGCUCCACGGGAAGGAGGAGAGGAAGGGGGAGGAGAGCCUAUCCCAGAAUGGGGAUAUCAACUUUCAGACCCUCAAGACCUACGGCCGUGAUCUUGUCGAGAUCGCAAGGGAGCACAAAUCGGUCAUUGAUAUUGAUUCUGAUGAUGAGGUCGACUUCGUCAUCGGCAUUCUCUCCUGGCCAUUCAAAAACAAUCCUGUUCUGGUCAGCGAUUUAAAAAACAUAACGGUUGUCGAGGGUCUUGCUCAGCGUAUCGCGCGUGGGUGUGUCCCUUGUUAUCUGCUCGACGUUCACCUUGUGGCGCUCAACAUGAGCUCCCUUAUUGCAGGAGUCAACUACCACGGUGAAUUUGAGGACCGCUUCGAGGCGGUCCUUAAGGAAGUUGAGGCCGCCAAAGGUAAAGUCAUUCUCUUUGUUGACCAAAUCCACUUGGUUCUCGGCGCAGGCGCCAUGAACGCCGCAAAACCCUUUAAAUCAACGCUUGCAAGAGGUCAGCUGCGAUGCAUCGGGACGACAACAUUUGAGGACUACCGAAAGUAUAUUGAAAAAGAUGCCGCCCUCAAUCAUCAAUUUCAACCGGUAUACGUUAUGGACCACCCCUUAGACGCCAUGGCCAUCAUUCAAGGACUCAAGGAGAAGUUUCAAGGACGACAUGAUACUGGAGUCAUGAAUCAGGCUCACAUGGCCACUCAGCUCUUAUUCGAGGCUCCUGCUGCUACCCAGCUCUCACACUGCUAUUUCAAUGGGCGGCACCUUACUGAUAAGACAAUUGACUUGGACGACCAGGCUGGUGCCAAUGUAAGAAUUCAACUUGAUAGUCAAUCAGAAGAGAUCGAGAACUUGGAGAAGAGAAGGAUUCAACUGGAAGUUGAAUUACACGUGCGCAAGAAGGGGAAUGACGAGCCUAGUAAAGCAAGGCUAGUUGAAGUUAAGAAAGAAUUAUAUGAUUUAACGGAGAAGCUGCAACCACUAAUGGUGAAAUACAGGAAAGAUGCUGUGGGGAUGGAUGAAAUUCAAAAGUUGAAGCGACUUCGGAAAAAACUAUUACUGAUUGCUAUGAAAGAGAAUGUGCAAUGGGGGGGCUUGCUUCGUGUUGCAGACAUCAAGUUUGGAUCAUUGCUUGAGAUAGAUGCACUCAUUGCAAAGCUUGAGGACGAGGACAAUGAAAAUCUUGAGCAUAUAGCAACGGUGGCGAGCCGUUGGAAAGAGAAGGAAAGAUUGAUCGGCCUUGCAGAUAAGUUGCGCGAGAGGGUGGUCGGGCAGAAUCAGGCUGUCGAGGCUGUAGCCGAAGCAGUUCUUCGUUCGAGUGCGGGUCUUAGCCGGCCACAGAAACCCAUUGGUUCAUUUCUCUUUUUAGGCCCUACCGGCGUCGGUAAAACAGAACUCGCAAAGGCCAUUGCAGAGCAAUUGUUUGAGGAUGAGAAUCUUCUCAUCCGCAUCGACAUGUCAGAGUACAAAGGACAACACUCGAUGGCACGGCUAAUCGGUGGACCACCAGGGCGCAGGCCGUAUAGCGUGGGUCAUGAGGAAGCUGGACAGUUGACGGAGGCGGUGAGGCGCAGGCCGUAUAGUGUCGUUCUCCUGGACCAAGUAGACAAAGCUGAUGCGAUUGUGUUAAACACGCUUCUCAGUGCUAUUGAAGUUGGAAGAUUAAGGGACGGCCAAGAGAAGUCUGUGGACUUCACUAACACAGUUAUUAUCAUGACCUCUGAUCUCGGUGCUGACGACCUCGAUGUUGGAAUGCCUGAAAGACAUAAAAUUAUUAUGCAGGUCGAGGAGCAUUUUGGACCUGACGUCCUUAAUCAAUUCGAUGAGAUAGUAAUAUUUGAACCGCUAUCUCAUGAUCGACUUAGAAAGGUAGCUAGGCUUCAAUUGUUGGAUACUGCUCUUCUUCUCGCCAAGAGAGGUAUUGCACUGGGUAUAACAGAUGCUGCAUGGGACGUAAUUCUAUCUGAAUCCUACCAUCUGCUCUACGGGGCAAGUCCCAUGAAUCCGAUCAAGAGAAGGCUAGCGAAGAAAGUUGUGAGUCAGGUGUCCGAGAUGCUGAUACAGGGAAUGAUUGAUGAGAACUCGACUGUCUACGUUGAUGCGGUUCCAGGGAAGAAAGAGUUGUCUUACGAGGUGAAGAAGAAGAAGAAUGGAGGUCUUGUGGAUGCCGAAAAGAAGUCAGACAUUCUUAUGGAGAUACCAGCGAACGAGAUACCAGCGAUCCGGUUAUUGAAUGAUCCUUGGCUCCCUUUAUCUAUUUCUUCAAGGGUAAUUAUCCUUUUAUUAAAUAACUUUUAGAAAAGGUUUUGUUGUUUUUUUGAAUAAACAAAAAGGUUGAUUAGAGUUUAGUCUGGGUCGUGUUAUGGUUUAGACUGAAUAAUGUUAG